CACCGCCUCCCUCCCCUCCCACCGACGUGGCAGCGGCCCCAGCAGCAGGCUCCGCUCCGAGCCCCCUGCACGCCCGGCCCGGCCCGGUCCGGCCCGAUGCGCCGCCUGCUCCUGCUGCUGGCCGGGCUGCUGGCGCCCCUGCGCGCCUACGAGCCGGACUGGGGGAAGCUGCAGGGGCUGGCCCGGGGCAAGGUGGAGACCUGCGGUGGAUGAUGGCUGAGCCGCCUGAAGGAGGUGAAGGCCUUUGUCACCGAGGACAUCCCUCUGUACCACAACCUGGUGAUGAAGCAUCUCCCUGGAGCCGACCCUGAGCUUGUGCUGCUCAGCUUCAGAUAUGAGGAGCUGGAGAGAAUUCCCCUGAGUGACAUGAGCCGGGAAGAGAUUAACCAGCUGGUGCAGGAGCUGGGAUUUUACCGCAAGGAGGCACCUGAUGCCCUGGUGCCUGAGGAGUUCCAGCUCGCCCCAGCCAGGCCUCUGCCCACCCUGCAAGCGAAGGAGCAGGGCGCUGAACCAUCCUUCCCCCCAGCUCCUGCAGCCAAGAGCGAGCACCCGAGGAAGCCUGGCAACCAGGAACACCCAGAUCUAUAGAGGGCAGCCAAACGUGUGCAUGGGGAGGGGUGUGCGUGUGCACACGGGGUGCAUGGACUGGAGCUGUGCAUCCACCCCACUGGUAGGUGUGACACAGCUUCUGUCCCCCAGGGGGCGUUGUUCAGGGCACAAUAUGUUCUAUACCAGCCCUGGGUCAGCUGCCCUCCCCUGCCUGCUGCCCAGCCCCAUGGCUGUUAACAGGCAGCCCCGUGGCACCCGGACCAGCCUGCUAGUGCUGCUGUGCUGUCAGUGCCCCCUGCCUGCAGGGACAGAAUGAAGCCCUCAGCUGAAAGCUCUGGGUGCUGAGGGUGGAUGAGCUGAGUCCCAGAGGGCACAGGGUCGCUGUCCCCUGCCAUCUGCGCUGUGGUCCACGGGCUUGUGUCCAGAGCUGGAAUAAAGGCCCCUUCACUCCA